AUGACAGACCAAGUGGCCGUGAAACUGCUCUACGACCAUAACGACGGCGAUACGGUCGUGCCCAAUAUCGCCACGUGGUCAGCAGCACCAGCAACCCGCCGCUCCUCGGCCGGCGUCCUCGUUGCGGUGCUCACGGCAUUUCUGAUGUUCGUGCUCGGUGUGCUCAUCGGUGGAUUUCUGCACGCUCUUGCCUUUCCGGAAGGAGGAUCUCCGCUGGUGUUGAGGAACUUUUCAAAAAACACAUCAGACGAGCUCCCGCUAAAUUCGACAGAUGCUCUUAAUUCAAACGGAGAGCACGAUUCGAUUGUAGUCGAGAACUCGACUGAGUCUAGCGAUAACUCGGCUGAAUCUGGCAAGAACUCGACUGAAUCUAACAAGGGCUCAACAGGCUCUAGCGAGAACACGGCUGAAUCCAUUGAAUCCAAAAAUAAUUCGACUGAAUCUAGCAGGAACUCAGCCGAAUCUAGCAAGAACUCGACUGAAUCUAUCAAGAACUCGAGUGAAUCUAGCAAGAAGUCGCCUGAAUCCAGGAAUAACUCGACCGAAUCUAACAAGAACUCGACCGAAGCUAGCGAUAGGUCGACUGAAUCCAUCGAAAAUUCAGCUGAAUCUAGCACUAAGAGCAUCGGAUUGGAGAGAACGACUUUAGCGGAGGAACCCUCCACAUCUCUGGGCGAGAACGAAGAGGAAGACUCCGAAGAGGAGGAUGAAGACUGCAAGAUCUUUCCAUGGAAAAGCACAAGGUUGCCACGUGAUAUUGUACCUCUUUCUUACAACCUCACUAUUCAUCCAAAUAUUACGACCCAUAACGUAACAGGGAGCUUGGCUAUUGACCUCAAGGUGAUGAAUUCCACUAACCUCAUAGUUCUACACGCAGACAACCUCGUGAUGACGUCUUUCAGUAUAAGCAUCAAUGGUAAAAGGAUGGAAGCGGAAUUCUACUUCUGCUCGGACACUUCUCAAUGGGCUUUCGAGAUGGAAGAAACAGUCGAAGUGGGAGAUGUUCUAGACCUUGGCAUCGACUUUCAAGGAGAAGUGCUACCGGACCUCCGAGGUCUGUACAUAUCCACACAUACGGACGCGCAGGGACGGAAGACGAGAUCUGCCGUUACACAGUUUGAGCCAUCCUACGCCCGAAAAAUGUUUCCUUGUUUUGACGAGCCGAAUUUCAAGGCCACCUUCGAGGUAUCGGUCAUUCGUGAACCUCAUCACACUGUUCGCUCCAAUAUGAAGAUGCGACUGUCAGAAGAACAUGUAGACGGGCUGUACAUUGACGUGUUUCAUCGUACUGUGAAGAUGAGCACCUAUCUGUUGGCAGUGGCAAUUCUCGACAACUACGAUUACGUGAAACGAACAACGAGGAACACUCAAAAUCCUAUCGAGGUCAGGUUGUAUGCACCUAGGGACGUGAUCAAAGGGCAGACCGAAUUCGGACUUAACACCGCUAUUCGUGCCCUUGAAUACUUCGAGAAGUACUUCAACAUUUCUUACCCGCUUGACAAAAUUGAUCUUCUUGCGCUGGACGAUUUCAGUGAAGGAGCAAUGGAGAACUGGGGACUCAUCACUUUCCGCGACUCAGCUCUCCUCCACUCCGAGGAAACAUCGAACGCUAUAGCGAAGGAGCAAAUAGCUCUCAUCAUUUGUCACGAAGUAGCGCAUCAGUGGUUCGGAAAUUUGGUGACUAUGGACUGGUGGAACGAUUUGUGGCUGAACGAGGGCUUUGCCAAUUACAUGGAGUACAGAUGCGUUGACCGCCUCUUUCCCGACUGGAGUAUUAUGACACGAUUCUACUCGGAAAACAUAGCGUUUAGUCAUGAACCGGACGGUUUGCGAAGUUCCCGCGCAGUUUCAGCCCACACCGUGAGCAACACAAACAUCAUGGGAUUAUUCGAUGCCAUCAGCUACCAUAAGGCUGCUGCCAUUAUCCGAAUGUUGCAAUCGCUAGCGGGCGAGAAGAAUUUCCAACGCUCACUCGUUCAGUACCUUAGUAAAUAUGCUUACGGGAACGCAAGGGGCUCACAGUUAUGGAGAAUUGCUGAGAAGUAUGCUAAUCUUCCUCACGGGAUUUCCAUCACCGGUUUGGCGAAUGCUUACAUCGGUCAAGUGGGUUGCCCAAUGAUCUACGUUACACUGUCACGCAAUGAAGUCACUGUGAGCAAUCAGACGCGCUUCUUUUUUGAAGAGGGUCUGGAGGACAAGGACAACUUCGAUUGGCCUAUUCCGAUUUUUUACCGAACCGAUUCCCAAACAGAAUCAAAAUUGCGUUGGAUGAAUGUUGAUCAUAACAAGAUAAAUUGGCCACUUGAAGAACGAUCUCGGUGGGUGGUCGCCAACACAGGAGGAGUAGGCUAUGUUAAAGUGCUUUAUGACAGGAGAAACUAUGCGGCGCUGGCCAGACAACUUAAAACUAACCACGUAGCGAUAUCCGCAAUAGAUCGCACAAUGAUCUUGGCUGAUGCGUUUGAUUUUGCUAAGACCUCAAAACUGAGCAUAGCUACCUAUCUCGAUCUCUUGUUGUAUGCUGAAGAAGAGAUGGACCGAAUGGUGUGGCAAAUGAUACACAAACACGUCAAAUACAUUGAAGGUCUUAUAGAAGAAACUCCCUUCGCUCAUAUUUUUGAGGAUCUUCAACGCGCACUUCUUCUUCGGCCUUAUGAUCGUGUUGGAUGGAAUAGCAACACUUCAAGGACGCCUUCCCAAAAAGGACUGCAGGUUGAGCUGCUUGAAAUGGCGUGCCAUCUGCGGCAUCGGGACUGCAUUAAGCAGGCACAACUAAAGUACAAUGAAUGGACUGCGAAGAAAAAGAGGCCACCUCCCGAACUGCUGGGCGUGGUAUUGGAUGAGGGUGUCCGCCAAGGUGGAACAGCAGCAUGGGAUCGCGUCUACGCUGCAUAUUUAGAGACAAAAAAUCCUACUGAGAGAGUCCAGCUGAUUGGAGCGCUUGCUUCGACGAAACAACAGUCUCUUAUUUCUAAACUGCUGCGCCUUUCCAUCGACGGUUCCUCCUUCAGACCGAACAUGAUCCCUCGCCUACUCUUAAAAUUGACCCAGAACGAUGCUGCCAAAGCACUCACUUGGCGCUUCUUCCGAGUUCAUUACAAGGAGUUCGUGAGGAUAUUGGGUGAUGGUUCGAAUCUUCUUGUGAACAGUAUACGAGCGAUGGUGGAUAAACUCAGCACCAAAGAAGACCUUGACGAUGUGAAGGGCUUCCUUUCUGACAAAAAUUUGGAGUACAACAAGGCAAAGCUCAAUCAGAUGUUCGAACAAAUCCACCUCAACAUCCAAUGGAGGCAGCUGAACGAGGUGCCUCUGAAGAAGUGGCUUGAAGUCUGGGACGAAAAACGACGGGUCUUAUAUCGUCAUAAAAGACGUGCACACUAUAAUCAUCGUGUGUAA